AUGCUGGUGAAGACAGAAUGGUUUGGAAACUCACCACAAAUUAAGUCCGCUUGCAGGUUUUUAGAGGAGGCAAAUUGGAAUGAUGCCAAGAAGAUUUGGUCAGGCUCAGGCAAUCUGGUUCGUGAAAUUCUGCAGUUUCUCCAGGAGAUGAAUACAGGGUCUUUAGGUAUGCAGAGUGUGGAAAAACUGAUAUCUAGAGAAAAGGCCAGAGAAUGGCAUUCUUUGAUUAGAGUCGAAACAGAUGGUUAUAGCAGGGGUGAGCAUGGCCAAGCAACAGCUAGUGGAUUAGUCAAUCGGCUUGAUACCAUAGAAUUCUAA